AUGGCUCACGCCGGUGCUGCGGGAAGCGACGAGCCCGGGCCGGGCACCUCCGGCCGCAGAGAAGACGGGGGAUGCGACGGGCCGGGCCAGGCGCUGGCGGCGGCCGCGGCGCUGCAGAACGCCCUGUCGCUGGAGGAGAUUCUCAAGCUCUACAACCAGCCCAUCAACGAGGAGCAGGCGUGGGCCGUGUGCUACCAAUGCUGCGGGUCCCUCCGUGACCGAAGCCGCCGCGGGGAGUCCCCGACCCACAGGGUGGAGAGCCCCGCUGACAUCCGUAUCUGGAGGGACGGAGCCGUCACCCUGGACGGCGGCGGCGGCGGCGGCGGCACUCGGAGCCCGCCAGGAGCAGGUAAAUCAGAACAUUUGCGCUGUCCAGAAACAGAGGUAAUAGAAUCUUUGGGAAUUAUAAUUUAUAAAGCACUGGAUUAUGGCUUGAAAGAAAAUGAAGAGCGAGAGCUAAGCCCUCCCUUGGAACAGCUCAUUGAUCAUAUGACCAAUACGAUAGAAGCAGAUGGAAGCAAAGAUGAAGGCUAUGAGGCUUUAGAUGAAGGUGGAGUUGAUGAAAAUGAUAAAGAAGUCAUUGAAGUUGUACAGUCUUAUCGAGAUGUCAUGAAGCUCUGUGCUGCCCAUCUACCAACACGAUCAGAUGCACCAAAUCACUAUCAAGCAGUAUGUCGGGCACUAUUUGCUGAAACAAUGGAGUUGUAUACGUUCUUGGCCAGAAUUAAAAGUGCAAGAGAGAAUUUGAAAAAGAUGCAGGAAAUGGACAGAGAAAGGAAUGAGGAAUCCAACACAGAUCUUGAUGAUUUAAAAAAUGCUGAUUGGGCCCAAUUUUGGGUACAGGUCAUGCGAGACUUGCGAAAUGGUGUGAAAUUGAAGAAAGUUCAAGAACGCCAGUACAACCCUCUUCCAAUAGAGUAUCAGCUCACCCCAUAUGAGAUGUUGAUGGAUGAUAUUCGAUCCAAACGCUAUACUUUAAGGAAGGUUAUGGUCAAUGGAGAUAUCCCUCCACGAUUAAAAAAGAGCGCCCAUGAAAUUAUCUUGGAUUUUAUUCGGUCUCGACCUCCAUUAAAUCCAGCAUCUGCAAGAAAAUUGAAACCUACCCCACCACGACCACGUAGCCUCCAUGAAAGAAUACUGGAAGAAAUAAAGUCUGAAAGAAAGUUGAGACCCGUCUCUCCUGAUGAGAUUAGGCGUAGCAGGCUAGCAAUCCGGCCUCUUAGCAUGUCUUACAGUUUUGACUUGUCAGAUGUAUCAACACCAGAAGCCUCCAAAAAUCUGUCAGAAAGCUGUGUAGCAAAUGGGAGCUUGGCGUCUGAUGCAAAGUUGAAUGGUAUUGGUACUACUAAGUUGGCAGUGCAACGGAAGAGACUGUUGAAAGCUCCUACUUUGGCUGAACUGGAUAGCUCAGAUUCAGAAGAGGAGUCUAUGCACAAAUCAGCGAGCAGCAGUAGUAUUUCUCCUUCCCAAAUGGAAGAUACAUUUCCAGAGACCACAUCUGGGAAAAAGGUGCCUCCAAAAUUCUUGCCAAUAUCAUCCACACCACAGCCAGAGAGGAGACAACCACCUCAGAGGCGACACUCCAUUGAAAAGGAAACACCAACCAAUGUACGGCAGUUCCUGCCCCCUACGAAACAGAGCUCCAGAUCUCUUGAGGAGUUCUGUUACCCAGUGGAAUGCCUGGCUCUCACUGUAGAAGAAGUAAUGCAUAUCCGUCAAGUUCUGGUGAAGGCCGAGCUAGAGAAGUACCAGCAGUAUAAAGAUGUCUAUACUGCCCUCAAGAAGGGAAAGCUCUGUUUUUGUUGCCGAACAAGAAGGUUUUCUUUCUUCACCUGGUCGUAUACCUGUCAGUUUUGUAAAAGGCCUGUAUGCUCACAGUGUUGUAAAAAGAUGCGCCUACCAUCAAAACCAUAUUCCACUCUUCCCAUCUUUUCUCUGGGACCUUCUGCUUUACAGAAAGGAGAGAGUUUUAUGAGGCCAGAUAAACCUUCCACUAGCCAUCACCGGUCAUUGAGGGGCUUGCCAAGGUUGUCCUCAAAGUCAAAGUCUGUCGAUAAAUCAGAUGAAGAAUCACUAUUUCCAAAAGAGCUAAUGGAGGACUGGAGCACCAUGGAGGUGUGUGUGGACUGCAAAAAGUUCAUUUCAGAAAUCAUUAAUUCAAGCCGUCGCAGCCUCUCCCUGGCUAACAAACGAGCCAGAUUAAAAAGAAAAACCCAGUCCUUCUACAUGGCAUCCCCAGGCACCUCAGAGUACUGUCCUUCUGAGAGGACUAUCAAUGAGAUCUGAGACAUGUGCCUUUCUCUUUGUUUUGUCUUCAUGAGGUCCUGAGAGAACUCGAUGAAACCAGAAUGUCUUUCUUUCCUCUGUUCUACUUGACAGCUUACAUUUGCAUUAUGUCACUAGUUUUGCCACUCCAUAUAAUUUACAAAAAAAAUGAGUCAGAAAUCGGGCAUUGCAGCAGUUCAGCCAAUAAACUUGUUUGCACUUGAAGAAAACAACAGUUAGAAACUGUUGCCUUUUUAUAUGUGUGCAGCAUACAAAGAAAGCCUUUAUUUGAAUUUUGUUUUGAUAUUCAUUCCUUGAUCAUUUUCAGGA